GCUCGGCCCUGGCAGGCGCGCUGUGCGAUAUGGUUUGAGAUCCUGCCUGGGAUCGGCGUCAUGGCUGUGUGCUUGGUCAUCCCCAGCAUAGCCACCGCGCACAUCCACAGGUUCUGUAACGGGGGCAAGAAAAAAAGGGUUUCCUAUUACCCGAAUCAGUGGAGUUUGAUGCAAAGAGAUAGGCGCAUCUCCAGGGUUAAUCGUUACUAUGUGUCAAAGGGUUUGGAGAAUAUUGAUUAAAGAAGCCUUUCCCUGACUGAUGAAGAAUAACUCAGUUAUGCUCACCUGCCCUUUCUAGAAGGUUGUGCAGUGUAGCAAUGUAGUACAUAA